AUGUAUGUAAUGUACAGAAAAUACUAUUCAUCGUUUGUUGAUGAAUGCGCAUUGGGCACACACGAAUGCGAUAGUAACGCCGACUGUGUGGACACAAUCGAAGGAUAUGCGUGCAAAUGUAAGCCUGGAUGGUCGGAUAUCAGUGCCGAUCCACUGAAUGCACCUGGCAGAAGCUGCAGAAAAGUGAUAAACGAGUGCGCUGAGGGUAAACACGAUUGCUCAGCGUCUGCGUCUUGUAUUGAUACAGCCGAAGCGUUCACUUGCCGAUGUCGUGAUGGCUAUCGUGAUGAAAGUCCCGAUCCAAAAUCGCAUCCUGGCCGAGUUUGUGUCAGAGCAGUAAUACCUGAACCACCGGAAUGUGAUGUGAAUGAUCCGAUGAGCUGUGAUAUUCACAAGAAAGAAGUAUGUCUGUUCUUGAAUGGAACCUACAAAUGUGAAUGUGCGGCUGGCUAUAAUCGAUUACCGGAUGGCAGAUGUUUGGUGAUUAAUGAGUGUCAAGAUAAACGUUUGAAUGACUGCUCGGAGAAUGCUGACUGCAUUGAUCAGGCAGAAGGAUAUUUGUGUAGAUGUCGAAGUGGAUUCGCAGAUUUGUCACCAGCCGGAACGAGAGGGCGAGUGUGCCGUGAACGCGUUAAUGAGUGUUCGAAUGCAAAGAAAUACAACGUUGAUUGUGAUAGCAAUGCGAUUUGCGUUGACACCGAAGAGAGUUACACAUGCAGGUGUCGUCCGGGCUUUGCGGAUAUUUCAAGUUCUUUCAAUCGUCUACCAGGACGACGAUGCGUUGAAGCGGUGAAUGAAUGUCUUGAUGCUACCCUGAACGAUUGCUCUGAGAAUGCGAUCUGUGAAGAUGCUAAAGAAGGUUAUAUAUGUACAUGCCGUAAGGGAUUUCUGGAUGCGUCACCAAACAUAACACAUUAUCCUGGACGUAUAUGCCGUAAACCGAAAGAACACAAAGAAGCUCAGCUCGAUCAGUUAUCGCAAACUCAAGUGGAUUCUUGUGAUCCAAAACGCCCGCGUUGUGCCACCAAUGAGAUUUGUACAGAUCGUAAAGCGAGAGGCCAAUUCGUUUGUGAAUGUGCACCGAAUGCAUUCAGAUUCACCGAUGGAACUUGUCGAUUGUAUUCGGCAUGUACCGGGACGAAUGAUUGUGAUAAAAAUGCAGUAUGUUCGAACGCAUUCGAUAGCUAUAAAUGCCAGUGUCGACCAGGAUUCAUCGAUGUUUCACCAGAUCCCGAGAAUAAGCCUGGAAGGAAAUGCAAAGAAUUGAUUAACGAAUGUGCGACAGGAGCAAGUGAUUGUUCACCGAAUGCGAAAUGCAUCGACUCGACGAACGGUUACAUUUGUGUUUGUAAUGAAGGCUUUAUCGAUACUUCAUCUCAAGCCCAACUCGCACCUGGACGGCGGUGCAGUAACGCAAGUAAUGAAUGUGCCGAUCGUUCACUGAAUACAUGCGAUGAGAAUGCGGAUUGUUUGGAUACACCCGAUUCAUACACUUGCCAGUGUUAUGCUGGUUUCGUUGACGUCUCAUCAAGUGCCAAUCUUCAACCGGGUCGUGUUUGUACGGUACAAACCACUUGUCCGAAGCAAAAAACCGAUUUGAUGUUUUUGAUCGAUGGUUCGGGUUCAAUCGGAUCGUAUGUUUUCAAACAUGAGGUNUUCGUUGAAUUGUUCGAUAUCGGUCUCGACCAUACACGAGUUGGAUUGAUUCAAUACUCAGAUCAAAUAAGACAUGAAUUUGAUUUGAAUCAAUACAGCGAUAAAGCUUCAGUUGUACAGGCUAUCUCUGAAGUGCACUAUCUCACUGGAUUGACCAGGACGGGUGCAGCGAUUCAACAUAUGGUAAUGGAAGGGUUUUCGGAGAGACGUGGCGCACGUGCCGAAAGCGAUGCGGUUGCACGGGUGGCGAUCGUGAUCACUGAUGGACGCAGUCAGGACAACGUCACCGAACCAGCCAUGUCGGCACGUCGACUGCAUGUGAACAUGUUCGCGAUUGGCGUUACUGAUCAUGUGUUAGCGUCUGAACUGGAAUCGAUUGCUGGAUCACCAAGACGAUGGUUUUAUGUGGAUCGUUUCAAGGAUUUGGAUACACGAUUGAGAUCCUUGAUUCAGAAGGCUGCAUGCCCAUCACCUGAACCUAAAGCAAGACCAACAUCCGGUUGUAGUGCAUCCGGACAGACUGGAUGUGAUCGCUCGGAAAAUGAAGUCUGCGUCCAAGAGAAUGGUGUCAGUCGUUGUCAAUGUCCUGAGGGAUUCGAGCGUCAUCCAGAGACAAGGGUGUGUGGUGGAGAGUUGUGCAAUCCACAAAUCACCACAUCAUGUCCGAAUCCUGAGAUAUGUUCGCUCACACCGCUAUCAAACUAUCGUUGCAAAUGUCCAGAUGGCUAUUCGAGAGAUCGUCGUACCGGAGUUUGCGUGCUUACAGUAAGGAAAACCGAGCAGAAUGAACCGAGAGUGUUACCGUCACACGAUAGCGAUUGCAAUAAUGGUGGUGUGACAUGCGCUCGAAAUGAGCACUGCACUCGUGACAAGGGUGGUAAAUAUCGAUGCGAAUGUUCGGUUGGGUACGAACGUAAUUCAAGAACAGGUGAAUGCACCAUACCGGGAUCGUGUGACCCGACGUUACCGAAUCCGUGUGACGGGCGAAAACGUGAAAAAUGUCUUCUUCAUUCAUCUGGUCAAUACCAUUCGUGCCAAUGUUCACAAGGAGAGAAACGGCAUUCCGUAACCGGAAUUUGUUUGCGUGAUGAAUGCUUGUUGGGCGCGCACGAUUGUGAUCAAUCUGCACAGUGUAUCGAUACGGACGAUGGCUAUUUGUGUAUCUGCAAGAAGGGAUUCAUUGAUCAGAGUGCUGAUCCAAUCAAUAAACCUGGUCGGUUGUGUAUUGCUGAAAAAAACGAAUGCCUUGAUGGUACUCACAAAUGCUCACCGGAUGCAAUUUGCACAGAUACAACCGACGGAUAUAUUUGUCGUUGCAAGCCUGGUUUCAUCGACUUCUCACCUAAUCCACAUCAAUUCGGUGGCGUUGUUUGCAAGAAGGUAGUGAACGAAUGUGCGGAUCCUUCAUUGAAUACCUGUCAUAAGAAUGCGAUAUGCAUCGAUACAGCCGAUUCAUAUAAAUGUAUCUGCAAAAAUGGAUUCAAUGAUUUGGACGAACUGCGUAAUCCAGGACGAAAUUGUGUGAAAGAAGAACAUAACGAUCGUUGUUCAGCGAAUAAGAAUGAUUGUGAUCGGAAUGCGAGGUGCAUUCCUCGAGGUAAUAAGGAUUACGUUUGUGCGUGUCAACCUGGUUUCCGUGAUAAGAGUCCUGAUGCAUCGAAGCCGGGACGUGUUUGCAUUCCACUGAUUCCGGAAUGUGACAAUCCAACGUUGAACGAUUGUGAUUCACCGGAUCGUGCGAUUUGCACAGAUACUGAUGAAGGAUAUUUGUGCAGAUGUAGACAAGGUUUCUUGGAUAUCUCACCGAGUAUCACCACUAAACCUGGCCGACUGUGCAAACCAUUGGAGAACGAAUGUGAGAAGGGAACAGAUGACUGCGCUCGGGAUGGCGGUAUUUGUGAGGAUACACCUGAUUCGUUUACGUGCAGAUGCGCGAUCAACUAUUUGGAUGUCUCAUUCGAUCGACAGAACAGACCUGGACGCAAAUGCAAACGACUUGUCGACGAGUGUCGAACCGGUCAGAACGAUUGUUCAUCUGAGGCAACAUGCACGGAUACAGAGGAUUCGUAUGUUUGCGCUUGUCCUGCCAAGUAUAUUGAUGUUUCACCGGAUACGGUCAAUAAGCCAGGCAGAAGAUGUCUUUUGAGGAUCAACGAAUGUAAAGAGAAUCGUCACGAUUGCUCUCCGAAUGCUGAUUGUAUCGAUACAGCUGAGUCAUUCCUUUGUAAGUGUCGCGAUGAUUUCGUCGACGAGUCACCCGAUCCUCGAAAUCGUCCGGGUCGUAUUUGUCGUCCCGCAUUGGUGGAUGAGUGUCGUCUGGGUAAACACGACUGUCAUUCGAAUGCGAUAUGUCAGGAUUUAGCACAAGGUUAUACGUGUCAUUGCAAAUCGGAGUUCAUUGACCAAAGUCCCAACCGAGCAUCAUUACCCGGACGCCUUUGUGUACCCAGACCUACACCUCCACCGGAUGAAUGCCGUGUCGAUAGUCUUAACUCUUGCAAACAACAGCUCAAUGAAGUUUGUCGUCUAAUCAAUGGUGUACCGAAAUGCGCAUGUCCAAUCAACUACAGUCGUGAUCCCAAAACAAAAGCAUGUUCAGUGAUCAAUGAAUGUGAAUAUCCACAAUUGAACGAUUGUCAUCCGAGUGCAGAUUGUAUUGAUCAGCCAGAUUCAUAUACUUGCAAGUGUCGUCAAGGUUUCAAAGAUGUUUCAGUGUCCGAUAAACCAGGACGAUUCUGUCAACCUUUAGUAAACGAGUGUCAGUUCCCUCAUUUGAACGAUUGUCAUCAGAAUGCCGAAUGUACCGAUCUUGAUGAUGGAUAUGAAUGUAAAUGCCAUCAAGGGUUCAUGGACCUGAAACCAGAACGACCAGGCAGAUUGUGUAAACAGAUGAUCAACGAAUGCGCUAAACCUGAACUCAACAGCUGCGAUAAGAAUGCCAAGUGUAUUGAUGAAGAAGACGGUUAUCGUUGCGAGUGCAAACCAAACUUCCUCGAUGUUUCACCAUCGCCAACAUUCCGUGGCCGUGCUUGUCGACCUAUCAUUAACGAAUGUGAUGAUCCAAAAUUGAAUGAUUGCGAUAAAAUGGCUAAAUGUACGGAUACAACAGAUUCGUAUCUGUGCGAGUGUCCUGCGAAUUCAAAAGAUAUCUCACCGAAUCCCGCAUUCCCAGGACGUGUUUGCCUUGUUUUUGAAAACGAGUGUUUGAAUGGUAAGCACGAUUGCGAUCCGAAUGCAAUCUGUCGCGAUAAUGAGCAAUCGUUCACUUGUGAGUGUGCGAAAGGAUACACUGAUCGCUCACCGAACAAAUACAAUCGGCCUGGACGAGUUUGCGUUCAGUUAGUGGACGAAUGCGCAACCAAUCGUCAUACGUGCAGUGCCCAAGCUGAGUGUCGCGAUCUGGAAGAAGGUUAUACAUGUGAAUGUAAAGACGGUUACGUUGAUCGAUCACCAAAUCUACUCACGCAACCUGGUCGUGUCUGUGGAUUGCCUGAAGUGUGUCCACCGAAUCACGAUUGCAGUUCAGCAGCAGUUUGUGAGCCACUUGGUGGUAAUAAUUAUGAGUGCACGUGUAUUCAAGGUUACGUUGAUCAGUCCCCAGAAGGGAAGAAAGGUCGAAUCUGUGUUCGCAGUCAUCCAUGUCAAGAUCCGUUAUUGAAUGACUGUCAUCCGGCAGGCACGUGUCGUGCAACUGGUGCGCAGACGUACACUUGCGAAUGCUUGAAAGGAUACGUGGAUCGUUCACCAGACGUAAGCAGUAAACCUGGCCGAGUGUGUGUUCUCACCGAACCAGUUUGCCUUGACGCCACUCAGAACGAUUGUCAUCCAGCUGCGAUUUGUAGUGAAACUAGUUCUGGUGACGAUAAAUACACAUGUAGAUGUCGUGAUGGGUACAUUGACCAGUCGCCUGAUAAAGUAUCACGUCCUGGAAGAAUCUGUGUUGAAAUGAUAAACGAGUGCUUGGAUCGCUCGCUGAAUGAUUGCGAUCCACUUGCCGUUUGCCAGGAUCUACCCGAUGGAUACACUUGUCGAUGUCCUGUUAAUACCGAGGAUCGAUCGCCGGAUCCGAGCCGGCCCGGGCGUCGUUGUUAUCAGCAGGUGAACGAGUGCAGAAAUCCAUCGUUAAACAAUUGCUCUCGUUUCGCCGAUUGCGUCGAUCGACCCGAGGGAUACGAAUGCAGAUGUCGCGAAGGAUAUCAUGACGAUAAUCCUAUCCAUCCGGGCACCGUAUGCAAUUACAUAAUAAAUGAAUGCGAGUCAUCAAAUCUGAACGAUUGUGAUCGUCGUGCAGAAUGUAUCGAUCUAGCUGGUGGUUACGAGUGUCGCUGCAAGGAACCGUAUCGAGAUGAGUCUCCGCCAGGCCAGCCGGGUCGUAUUUGCAGACUGAACGAAUGUCUUGAUGUGAAUCUGAAUCAUUGCGAUAAGAAUGCUGAAUGCGAGGAUCUUGAUGAUGGCUACGUGUGCAGAUGUAAUCAUGGCUUUUACGAUAACUCACCCAAUCCUCUUGAACCCGGACGUGUGUGUGUUGAUAUUUGCGUUAUAGAAUUCCAAAAAGAGCAUGCAAAUCGAGUGAUUUCGCAAGAACAAGAACGCCAGCAACAACAAGAAGAGCAAACUCGAGUUGAGGGCAUUCCAUGUGGUCGUAACAAUGUUUGUUUGCUGGCCAGGAAUGAAGUUUGUGUUGGUGGUGUUGAGUGCUCGUGCAGGCCCGGUGAGGCGAGAGCGAGCAGUGACGAUCGCUGUCAAGCUGUUCACCAAACACCGCUCACUUUACGUAUUCUCACACGUGACGAUGAACCGUUGAUAUACAGCAGUGAAUACGGUAACAGUGAUAGUGUUCCAUAUAUCGAGAUCACUGAUCUCUUCUCAAGAGAUAUCAGUCGAUCCUUCGGCGGCACCGCCUAUGCUCCACGAUAUGUAACCACUGAAGUCAAUUACAUAACACAUCCAAAGACCGUCAACAGUUCAUGGCCUGACGGGCUAUUGUUCAACUUCACAGUUGCUACAAGACCAAGUCAGCAGGAUGUGGACGCAUGUGACCUGUGGGAUCAAUUAAUGUUAUCACUGCAGCGCUCGAAUGGUGCUGUCGGUGGUGGUUCCCUUCAUAUAGCACCCGAUGUUGAGCAACUUAAUCCAUGCCAUAAGCAGUUGCCGCACGGCGAUUCAUGUGGCCAGAGCUGGUGUAAUAGUGACUUAGGAGAGGUAUGCAUUGCCGGAUCAGUAUGUGGAUGUCCACGUGGAGAAAAGCGCGUAUCAUCAAGUGAUGUGUGUCAUGCAGUCGAAUCAUGGAAUGUGCUUCUGUGGGUGAUCCGGAGAGGUGCGGAAAAUAUCGUCUACAACGAAACAUUCGCUAAUCCGGUCGACUCUCUCAAUAAGGAAUACGUACGACUAUUCGAGAGUGGUGUGGCACAGUGCUAUCCACAUACAGCGCUUAGAGGUUCAUUCGUGUCAGCUGAGGUUAACGAAAUAAUUGAUCCAAUGAAUGUGAACGCAAGCUGGAAUACGGGUAUACUGUUCAACUGUACGGUGUAUUUCCGUAAAGGAGCUGUACAGACAUCAUCAGAUGCCUACUAUACUCUAAUCAGAUAUAUAAUCGAUCGUAAUAACUACCAGAUUGGUGAAUGUGGCCUCUACAUAAAUCCUUAUCAAUCGGAUCCAUUCAAAGCCUGUUUCAAGAAUAAUUGUCAUCCAAAAGGUUUGUGCAUUGACACGGGACCGAAUGCGUACAGAUGUGAAUGUGGUCCAGGAUACAGAGAUCUAAAUCCAUCAGAUCCGGGUCAUCGUUGUUUGCCGAAUAUCGGUUACAACGAAUGCGAACGCAGGGAGGACAACGAAUGCUCCGAGAAUGCGCGGUGUAUUGAUCAGAAUUUUGCNUCGUUCACGGACGCCUCUCCGGCAGGUUCAGUCCCGGGAAGUGUUUGUGUGCUCGACUAUUGUUCAGAUGUAAACUUCUGUCCUGCAAACACCACUUGCGUGAAUCUCGAACAACAAGCUGAAUGCCAGUGUGAACCAGGAUUUGUGGACAUUCGCAGAAGUGAAAAACGAACGCAACUGUUGAAACAGUCCGAGACGUUGUGUCUGAGGUUGCGUGAUGUGGAUGAGUGUGCACUUGGCUUAACGAAUUGUUCGGGUGUAGCCGAAUGUACGGAUAAGACGAUCGGUUACGAUUGUCGUUGUCCAGAGGGUUAUAUCGAUGGUAAUCCAGACGAACCAGGUCGUGUGUGCGGUGCACUGUUGUGCGAUUUGUGCAAUCAACAUGGUGACUGUGUUCACAAUGCAUUAACCAACAAUAUCACUUGUGUUUGUUCGGAUGGAUGGAGUGGCGAGUUCUGCGAUGUGGCUCCUUCGAAUGCAUCACUCAUACUACUCAUCAUUCUAGCCAUUCUCUUCCUUUUGCUCACUUUAUGUUGUUUGCUGUAUUUCUGUACCAAAUGCGUAUGCUUCAAAGGACGCGGUCUAUUCUAUCGUGAGCCGUACACAUAUCGUAAAGGAGUUUGGCCAUGGUCUACACUUGAAGCAUCGACCUCAAGUGAGAGUGGUGCCGACUUUUCGGCAAUGAGUGCUGCUGGUCAUGACUAUUAUCCGGAAAUCGGUAUUCCUCGUGCUAAACUGAAGUCGGGAAGUGCGAUGACGGAUUCGGAUCACCAUCAAGCGUCCUCACUUGAAGUGGCACGACUGCAGAAUUAUUUGGAUGAUGGUGUUCGUAUUCCAAGAGUGCGAAUUGAUCGAGAGGAUGACGGUUACGAUGCCACAUCGGUGUCAUCUUCUGAGUACACAAUUCGUGAAGAAGUCGAAAGACGUGUCAUCACCGAUGUCACCAAGACUGAAACACGCAAAACGACCACUCAAGCUGACGUUCACGGCAGCACCACCGCUGAAUUCCACGUCUAUCCGCCGAUCGAAGCCGAAUCUGAAUCACAUUCGUCGUCACAGAGUUGUUCGUUUUUUCAGAUGGCAAUGAGGAGUGCGAGAAGUGCCGAGGAACAGGAACGAGGCGAAAGUGUUGCAGAAUUCAGCAUCGGAAAUGCAGCACGUCACGAAUGGAACGGUGCCGGUAAUGGUGGUGGUUACGGUCAUCGCAUUUCACAGUACAGUACAACGGAUCGUGAUCUGGAGUCGAUAGCGAGUGGAUCAAUAGCUGAUGACGAGAUAUACGAUCGAAAGACUUUGGUGAAACGAUCACACGAUUAUGAGCCGAGUAUGCAUGGAGGCACAGAGAGAUAUCGUACAGAAGUGACAACGACCACGAAUAUGAGAGGAAUGAAUAAUUUUUGA